AUGGCGCGGAGAUCGGGAAAUUGCAUGAGAUGUAUGGUGAUAUUCUCAGUGGUAUCAGUUUUAGUUGUGUGUGGACCAACUCUUUAUUGGAAACUUAACAAGGGUUUCGUUGGAUCCGCUCGUAGCAACUCCGUUUGUCCUCCUUGUGACUGCGAUUGUCCUCGUCCUUUGUCUCUCCUCGAGAUUGCUCCCGGGCUUGCAAACCUCUCUGUUACAGAUUGUGGAAGUGAUGAUCCAGAGCUCAAACAGGAAAUGGAGAAGCAGUUUGUGGAUCUUCUCACAGAAGAGCUGAAGCUACAAGAAGCAGUCGCAGACGAGCAUAGCCAUCAUAUGAAUGUUACGCUCGGCGAAGCUAAAAGGGUUGCUUCACAGUACCAAAAGGAAGCUGAGAAGUGUAACGCCGCCACGGAAAUUUGUGAAUCAGCUAGAGAGAGAGCUCAAGCAUUGUUGAUCAAAGAGAGGAAGAUCACUUCCUUGUGGGAACGGAGGGCUCGGCAAUUAGGUUUUGAAGUAUACCCUGAAGAGUUUCUCGAUGGAAGCAAAGCUAGGUUUUCUCAUCUGCAUACAUACAGCUCAGGAGAACAUGGGAAUUGCUUAAUUCUCAAGGCAAAAAUAUAUUUGUCCACUGGCCAAGAAGUCACUGACUUCUGUAUUUUAUAG